AUGUUGGGACAAAGGCGACAAUUUACCAAAUUUAAGAAAACAUUUGGUAAAGACAAAAAAUUUAUUCCGAGUGGAAGUGGGAGUUCAUCUCAACAACAUGAAGCGAAAACAACACCUGAUAAUAGCUCAACACCACAGUUUGCUGAUUCUGCUGUUCCAGCAUACAUACAUGGGUUUGGAAAUCCUCAGCUCAAUUCAAGUGAAGCUUCAGUCAAGCAGUCUAGGUUUAAGGGAGCACAGUCAAACUGGAAAAAAGAUAAAGGAGGUGAGAGACGCAUUGUAGGUCUGCAAGCUGAUCAUACUGUUCAUGUGGUUCGUGGUUUUGUCCCAUCUUCAUCAAUACCUCCUCCUGCAGCUACCACAAAUGUUGGACCUGCUAAUACUACAUCAGGGGUCACACGUGGUGUUGGUUCCAAUGGGGGACCCUGUGGUAAUGGAGGUAGUUUGGGUUUGUUUGGAUCCGAUCUUCCUGAAUUUGAACAAGUGCAGGAACAACUAACUCAAAAUCCUAAUAUGAUGAGGGAAAUAAUGAAUACACCCGCUAUUCAAAGCUUGGUGAAUAAUCCAGAGUUAAUGCGCACUUUGAUUAUGAACAAUCCUCAAAUGCUUGAGAUUAUUGACCGGAAUCCAGAGCUUGGGCAUAUACUUAAUGAUUCUACCAUUCUGCGGCAGACUUUGGAAACUGCUAGGAAUCCUGAACUCAUGUGUGAAAUGAUGCGAAACACUGACAGGGCUAUGAGCAAUACUGAAUCCUCUCCUGAGGGAUUUAACAUGCUUAGGCGUAUGUAUGAAAAUGUUCAAGAGCCAUUUUUGAAUGCCACAACCCUGGCUGGAAAUACACCAGGUCCAAACCAAUUUGCAGCUCUUUUCGGCAAUCAAGGUGGUUCUCAAGCUAGGGACUCACUCACCUAUCAACGCUUCUGUAAGUGGUUCUGAAAGCAGUCGGGGGAAAACCUCCCCUAACACAAAUCCUCUUCCUAACCCUUGGAACAACACUGUUGUU